AAUUUGGUCAACUACCAACAGCUAUCAGGGAAGGAUGAAGGUGCAGGGCAGCAGAACAAGCUUGGUGGAAAGCAGUAUCUUGCACGUACGUGAUCUCACAGAUGCGCGUGAUCGACAUGGGAGAGAUAGUAUGCCAUUACUUUCACCCAAUCGGCACGAUUAAUACUGCUUCCAUUGCUCCUGGCCGUGGCGUCGGCAGGAUACGAACGUGCGAUGUUCCUACGAUAGGCCGGACACUUUUCCGUCGCACCACUUGGGAGCCUUAACUAACCGUGUGUUUAACGCCAGCCCUGUUUUUUUGUGCUUGCUUGCUUGCUUUCUGUGACUUCUGUGUGCUCUUGCCAAAUGUUUGUUUACAUUUCCCGUCUCCGUAUUUCCGACCAGUGGAACAAAGAGUACAUUCUCAGCCCUGCCUCUUCCCACACAUCCCUCACCAAAGGGUUUUAUUGCUUUUUUUUUUUUGCUUUUUUUUUUGGGUUUGUGUAAAUAGGUGCAGUGUGUAACUGAAUCAAACAACCGAACCAGAAAUGUAUCGAUUUUGGUGGUGUUGAUUCAUACAGCGACUCUGUCGAAGCUUUCGAGGGUUUAAAGUCCGUGCGCUGCUGCAUUUUCUCUACUUGGGAACAUGUAUUUAUGGAGCAGUUUAAGCUCUAUGAGGUAUUUAAGAGGUAUUUUUGUUUCUGUGAUCCUGUAAUUUUUCUGCCUUGGGCCUCUGAGGCUGUUUUCUUCUCGGUGUUGUUGGUAAAGCUUCUAAAGCGUCACGGGCUUUAUCAUCGUUACCAGUGUUCAAGAGUACAGAACCAAACCAAUGGGUUACUGUAUGAAUUAGUCAGGAUGGUUUCGUUUUCUUUCGUACAAGACCCUAGACAGAUGAGCAAACUCUGUAGGACCUUGUAAAGAUGUUCGGCUUCAUUUUACAAGUUUGUAGGUCUGAAGUGUCGGGAUUAAGAAGUGUUUCGGGGGGCGGGGGUUAUUUUGUAACUAACUUAUUAUUUCUUGGGUUUUUUUUUCUUCUAGGCUCUUUUUCUGCUCCUGUUACAAGUGAAUGUACAAUCAAGAGGUGAAUGUUUAUUAAGAUGGCAGUAGCUGAAUGUCCGGAUUACUUCCUACACCACCCAAAAUAUCAGCAGGACAAUGUCGACCGAUCUGCCAAUCACAGACCAGCGAAUCUAAUCGGGUCAAGUUUCCAACAGGCGGCCAGUCGGAACUCUCCUAACCACCAAGAAGACGAUGUGGAUCUGGAGGCGCUGGUGAACGAUAUGAACUCGUCGUUUGAGAGUCUGUACCCCGCCGGCAGUGUGCAGUGCGAGGCGGCCCCCCUGUUACACAACGGCCAGCACACACACGCACAGCCCAUCUCGCUGCACCAGAGACUGCGCCGCUCCCAGCCCAUGCACAUCCUCGCCGUCAGGAGGCUGCAGGAGGAAGAGUUUCGGACAUCAUCUCUGCCUGCCAUCCCAAACCCCUUCCCCGAGUUGUGUAGUCCAGCCAGUUCACCCACAACCUGUCCCGGCUCUUUACCGCCAUGCCAAGCCUCAGACAAACACAUUGUUAAAAUCUUCAGCGAGGACGGCAUGGGCAAAGUGGUGGAGAUCCCGUCCGACAUGACGGCGCGAGACCUGUGCCAGCUGCUCGUGUACAAAAGCCACUGCGUGGACGACAACAGCUGGGCGCUGGUGGAGCAUCACCCGGCCCUGGGGCUCGAGAGAUGCUUAGAGGACCACGAACUUGUAGUCCAAGUGCAGGCGUCCAUGACUAGCGAGAGCAAGUUUGUCUUCAGGAAGAACUACGCCAAAUAUGAAUUCUUCAAAAAUCCUCUGAACUUCUUUCCAGAGCAGAUGGUGGCCUGGUGUCAAGAUAGCAACGGGACCAUUCCUCCAUCUCAGCUGUUGCAAAACUUCUUAAACUCCAGCAGUUGUCCAGAAAUCCAGGGUUACUUGUACGUGAAAGAGACGGGCAGGAAGUCGUGGAAAAAGCUGUACGUGUUUUUGAGACGCUCAGGAUUGUACUACUCGGCGAAAGGAACGUCAAAGGAACCGAGGCAUUUACAUUUACUAGCAGACCUUGAAGACAGCAACAUCUUUACCGUAAUAGCAGGCAAGAAACUUCACAAUGCGCCAACAGAGUACGAGUUUUGUAUAAAGCCCAACAAGGUCCGGAGCGAGCAGAAGGAACUGAGGAUGUUGUGUGCAGAAGACGAACAGAGCAGAACGUGCUGGAUGACGGCCUUCAGAUUGUUUAAGUAUGGAAUUCUACUUUAUCAGAACUAUAAAAUCCCUCAGCAGAGAAAAGCUUUGCUCUCGCACUUCCCAGCUCCAAUGAGGAGUGUGUCAGAGAACUCUCUAGUAGCCAUGGAUUUCUCAGGGACAAUAGGCAGGGUGAUCGACAAUCCCGUGGAAGCUCAGAGUGCCGCUCUGGAGGAGGCCCAUGCCUGGAGGAAGAGAAGUCAGCGCAUGAACACUUUGGGGAGCCCGAGUCCACUCCACCCCUCAUCAUUAAGUGGAGUGAUACACAAAACUCAGCUUUGGUUUCACGGUCGAAUCACAAGGGAGGAAUCGCACAGGAUGAUGCACCAACAGGGCCAAGUGGAUGGAUUGUUUCUCUUAAGGGACAGCCAGAGCAACCCGAAAGCCUUCGUGCUUACCAUGUGUCACCACCAGAAAAUCAAACACUUUCAAAUUUUACUGUGUGAAGAGGACGGUCAGAUGUUCUUCAGCCUUGACGACGGCACCACCAAAUUCACGGACCUGAUCCAGCUGGUGGAGUUCUACCAACUCAACCGAGGAGUCCUCCCUUGCAAACUCAAGCACCCGUGCACCAUGGUGGCCUUAUGACCUCCCAAACCUACCAUUGGUUCUCUUGAGAAUCGGAAUGUUUAACCUGGCUUAAUGAUGUUCAAGUGACUGGCUGUCCACUGACAAGUACUCUGUGGGCAUUCCUAUAUGAUUUCCAGAGGAAUUGCAAGCACUAACAGGGCUGUGAUGAAGCUAUCUAGAAGCUAUCGAGAUAAGAUCUUGGUUGGCAGCAAGCCUUUAUCCACUGGUAAACGCUAAAGGUUCUUCCUCGUACAGUCAUCAGGGGGUCCUUUUUGAUGAUCUGAAUAUCCUGUUCAAUAUAAUCAGAUGGUCCGUUGUGUUGGAAUGAGCUCCAUGAUGGUGGAGGGUGGACCGUCACAAGGUCCGUCGUUUGGGAAAGAUCUCUAGAACCUGUAGACGGUGGAAGACGGACAUUUUUACAUCUAGUUUGAGUUUGACGUUAAAGCACAGGAAACAGCUGAGCUAUAAACAGUGUAGUCUGAACCCAAGAGUCAGUUGAAUCCUCCUGUCUUUGUAGAUCUAUCUAAGAUUGCUUGGAGCGAUAGGAGGUAAGAGGUCAAAGCACAGGACUGUAAAAGAGACUUUGGACAUGGUUUGUGAAUGAAAUCAUACAUUUUGCUCUUGCUAGGCCUCUUUCUUCAGCUUCCUCCAUCUGGAUCAAAAGAAUGUUACACUGCUCAUAUGGUUUAUUUAUAUAUACAUAUAUAUAUAUAUAUAUAUAUAUAUAUAUAUAUAUCAAAUAUAGUUUAUAAGCUUUUUCGGAUUACUGUCCACUUGACACAACCCCCUUUUGCACUCUGUUUUGACUCUGUGUCACUGUAAAGCCUCAGCUAAUGUCCAAAUGUUCCACCAACCCUCGAGACAUCAUUUAAACAUUUGCUGCACCCUCUGCUGGCCGUCCAGGGUAUUACAGCCUGAAGUGGGUGCUUGGAUCAGCUUCACUACUGCCACCAUUAGAAAGGGCACCUUGAAAUGGACAGAAAUUGGAAAAAAAAAAACAGUGGAAAAAUAACCACUACAAUCCCCUGAAAAAUGGCAAACUGCAGGGAGCGCCGUUAUAACGGAUGCCGUCUUUUUAUUUUAUUUUUAUUUAGAGACGAAAUCAAGAGGCAGGAGUGACCAGAUCUGCUUGUUUGUCCUUUCAGUGUAUUGGUAGAUCAAUAGGACAGUGCACUGUGAAGCUUCCAGAACAGCUGGGGCUCUGUUUCCUUUACUGCCUUGUUCAGUAAGUAGCACGAUACGUGUACGGAUUUGUAACGAUGUUUUCAAAUCGUGACUUUACGGGAGAGCCGUCUUCUUUAGUAUUUACUUAAUAACGUGUUAAGCUAGACGGAAAAGGCCUGGCCGCGGUGUCUACGAGCUCUGCCGAGCGAUCGUGAUUUUUACACAGAUAUAAAUGCAAAUGAUGCAAUCAUUUUUAUGUGUCGUUUCCGUGGAUCUAUUUAUUUAUCUGGAUCUGAAUGAUUACUUGAAAUUUAGUGAACUUCUCAGCGCUGUUCUGUACUGCUCUUCCGCAAAUUCGUUUUUUGCAAACGUAUCGAGCCUCACGUGUUUGAUUUCGCCUAAUAUACUAACCAUGUUUUGUUGAGCUCUUCACUAUCGUCUGCUGUAUCGUCGCGUUGUACUUUUAGGCCUCGUCAUCAUCACCAUUAUGUCGACUAACACAAACGUUUUGUCGUGCGUAAUCGUGGCCAUAUUUCCGCUUUGCUCACUGAUUUUCUUCAGUCUUUCAUGAAAAAGGGAAAGACUCGUACUAAUGCGUUUUUUUUUCCUUUCUGAGAUUUGCACAUUAUUGCAUUAAUGAAAAUCGGAAGAGUUGUGCUCAUUUUGCUCGUGUUUUGUGCUGUUGGUGGCCAGAAAUUGGUCCACAUAACCCCACUGUCUUGUGAGGAAACAUACUUUUUUUAAAAAAAAUGUCAUUUUUCUUGUAUUAGCACUUUUUUUUUUUUUUUUUUAACAUCCUUGGAGAAGAUUCCAGGCCAGAGAGAAACGUGAAACGCAAUACACAGAUGGCUUAUCGUUCGUGACGUGAGGAUGACAUCACGCCGAAAAGCAAACCCUUCAUCGCGUUGCUCAUUGCUCAGCAGGUGAUUUUGCUUUUUAAGAAUUAAAUGCAGACUCUCCAGUCACAGCCCUAAGGCACACUCAUAGGGCAUUGUUUGUACUCCGAGAAGGACCUAAAGGCAUCCUGAAAGGAACAUCUUGCUGAAGAAGGGGUUCCUCCCAAUGGGGGUUUCAUUCAUAUGAACUAGAUGUCGAUUGCUUGGAGCCUCUCCAUGGUAUCACGGUAGAAAACCUACUACAGAUCACAGACACCAUGUUGUGAAAAUGCAGGAACAUUCACAGAAUAAUCGUACACCCUUGAAAGAGACGAUUCUGGUGACGGUUAUCCGACUUUUAUCUUUUUUAGCGUUUUACUUUGACCUAUGAACUCCUAUGGAAACCUCGUUCUUGUGAGCCAGUAGAAAACAGAUGGGCCAGGGGAAAAAGAAUUUGGAGGAGCUGCUAGUUAUUAUGAAGCCUCGGCGUUUUCUUACUGUUGCUUGGCGCGAACCUGAAAAAACAAUAUUAACGCCCUGUCUCGUUUCCUUGAAGCCGUGUAGCAUCGCAGCCCUAGUUUGAUUUGUAGCAAUACCAUUUCGGCUCAAUCUAUAAUUUCAUCAACGUCUAGUUUCAUCCAGUUACAUCUUUGUGCUGCUUUUUUUUCUUUCUUUUUUUUCGCCCCUCAUUAAAAUGAUGAUUUCUGUCACCUUCACAACACUAACAAAUAAUAACGAUUCUGUGUCUGCAAAAAUAAAACCGUAAAAAGCCUAUAGAUUUGACACUGUAUUUUAGGUUUCCAAUCACUAUGUUCAUGUUUUUGUUUUGUUUUGUUUUGUUUUCCACGAUGGCUUACAAAAUGAAGAAACUUGACAUUUAUUGGGGGUUUUUGUGUGUGUGGCUUUUUUUUUGUUUGUUUGUUUUUGUUUUUUUUAGUGUGAAUAUAAUAUUUUAUUCUGUUUCUCAAUGUUCAAGGUCAUUUAACGUUUAAAUUAAGCUGGUUAAAAAAAAAAAAAAAAAAAAAAGUCCGGGGUGAACUUCUUGUGGUCACAGUAACUAUUAAGCUAAAAGAUGGGGGUUUUUUUUGUUUGUUUGUUUUUUCUCCACAGAAUACACUUUGAAAAUGCUAACCUGGCCGUCGUGGACAGUGUGUUUUUGUUUAUACACAGUGAAAGCUUAAGCAUAAUGUCCUGAUGUUCAGAUGAGCUGGUGUUGUGAAUCAUUUACAGCGUGUGUCAACUGUCGAGAAUAUAUAUAUAUAUAUAUAUAAAGAAAUGAAUGUAACUGGGUUGCUCAGGGUUGAUGUGGAGCCUGAUGACGGCCGGUCCCCAGGACUGGCGCCGUUUCUAGAACUUUCUAUAAACUUUCUAGUCUUUUACCUUUGACAGCUCAUGAUGUUAUCAUUGAGUUUUAGGAUGGACCCGUCUUUUCUAGUUUUUGUGUUGUUUUUCAUGCCAUAUAAUGAACGUGAAACAGUGCUGAAAUGUUAGUUUCUUCUUGGUUUUAGCUUUACUUUGUAUUAUGAAGCAUAAAAUCCAGCAGGUGCCUCAGACCUCCACCCUUGUCUUCAUUUACUGUACACCAACACACUAACCAGAUUUUUGUAUAUAUUCGACGGCUAGGAUUGGUUUCUGUCUUUUAUAUCUUUCUGGGCAAUAGGGCGGCAGUCUUUAAUCCGAGACACCUAAACAUCCCGGUUAGGCGUCCCACUUAUACCAUACACCUGUUGUCAUCGGGGUGGUCACUGGAUCUUAUUGACCUGCAGUGCGUAAGCCCCUUUCUUUAGUAACAAUAACACACGUGUCUUCGCUCCUCCUGUUACCGUGCAAAAAAAAAAAGUGUGACUGUACAUACACAUAAAUAUAUACAUAAAAUAUAUGUUUUUCAGGGAAUUAAAAAAAAAAAAAAUCAAGAAAAAAAACUUUUCCUUUUUUUCCUGUA